AUGCCGACGAUACUAUUGCCCGCCUCGGCGGCCGCCUUUGCGCCGCGAUCAACUUGCAAUGUGGUGCUCAACACAAAGGUCGAGCCCUGGUUGACGGCCACCCUCAAGCGGAUCAACAAGAUCAAGCGACCUCUGAACAGUGUGCCUCAACAUACUCGAUGUCUGACCGAAACCCUGUCAUCGCCCAACGCCAUCUGGUCGCUGUGCUCAUUAAUGGUGCCCAAGGCGCCCGAGUCGGAGUUGAGGAAAGAUUCGAAUCCUCUGGUGGAGGCUUUGUUCAACUACCAACUCAUCCACAUCGAGGCAUACGUCGUGCAUGUCGACAUGGUCUCGCAGAACGAGGUCGCCUUCAAGCUGACAACAGACACUAUUGAUUCGCUGGUCGAGUAUCACAAGGAAGUCUUCUCUGUCGACACCAACGCCAACACCUGGGAGUGGUCGGAGAAGGAACAACAGCUCAAGAAGUUGCAGGAGGAGUUUGUGCAGGCGGCCAACAAGUUCGUCUAUCGGACAAGUGCCCACGCCCUGGAAGGUAUGGAGGAAGAUGGCGCCGGCGAGCUCCUGUGUGGCCGAAGCGACGAAGUGCGCACCGCCAUCAUGGGUCUCUUUGUCCCUCUUCUACCUCCCCCCCCAAGGAUCGUCGAUGUCAUUCGCCCGACUCCUCUGCUCCCCAGCUCGACCGGUGCGGAACAGUGGUGGUCGUCACAUCAUCUGCACGCCAUCCAACCAGCCCCCGUCGAGGCAUGGAAGAUUGUUCCCUCAAGCCCGAGCCCCGUCUCCUCUUGCGACUCGCAUCACAAUAUUUGGUCCAACGUGGGUGUGCACGAGAUUCAGCUUCCAUCGCCGACGCCCUCCUUCAGCCAACCUUACUCCACAGCGGCUUACAAUACGUCUCAAUACUACAGCGCGCCUGCUUUCAGCGCUCCGGCCACAACAUCAUCGUUCGCCCCGCUCCCUCUCCCGAGCAUGCUCACUCCACAGCCGUGCAGUACGUCUGCGGGUCUGAGCACGUUCGGAUGGGAUCGGUACCAAGAAUACACGAUGCCGUAUGCCACUGCCAUGUGA